AUUCUAUAUAAAAACUACGAAAUAAUGGCCUCGUUUGUCCGCGAGGUUCUCUCGGCCGCGGUAAUUGCGGAGAAAGACGAUUUUGCGUCCAAGUCGAAUAAAAUUCAGAAGAAAUUGAAUGAUCUAAAAUCUCAGUUGAGUGUUCAUAUUCAUAAUCGUUACUCCAACUUCUCCUCAUCUCUCUCCCACACAACUACCAUUAACGGUCAGCUGGAGAGAUUAACUGCUGAUAUAGAAACCUUGGAGUCAAGUAUUAACAAAAACUUGAGAGCAGAGCUCAUGGCUAGGAAUGGAGAACUGAUUGAAUUGAAUCAGGGAAUGCAAGAAACAAACCUAACACUUCAGAUAGUUCGUAAGAUCAAGUGCUGCUAUGAUCACAUGGAGGACUGUAAUGAACAUCUGUCCUCCGGGAAAUGGUUUGCAGCCUCCACCUCUCUCCAGGCCGUGUUCAAUAUCCUCCGAACUCCUUGCACCGGCCUAGACGAGAUGGAAAUAAAAAUAUUUCCGUCCAUCCAAAAAGAAAUUUUUUCUCAAAAACAAAAGCUUUCCGUAAACCUCAAGACACAGUGGGCACAGAAGGUUAUUUUUAAGAAGGACGAAGAGAAGAACUCAUUUAACCUAGAGCUCAGAGGGGCAUCAGAACACGCUUCCUUCAACGAGACCGUCGAGGAGUUAAUCCAGGCGCUCUACGCCACCGAAACCCUUGAUGAUGUUCUCCAUCCUUUCAACCAGCAUUUAAAGAACGAUUUUCUUGAAAACAUAAUCUCCGGCAAUUCCUCAGUUGUUGUUAAUCAUGGAUCAAUAUCUGUUUCACGUAACAGCUCGGAGAAGGAUCAUGAGGAUCCGAACUCUGUGUUUAAAAUGUUGCGGCUCCUCUUCUCCUUCCUCGCAACAAACUUUGCUGUUCCACUGAGUAAAGAAGAGAACUCUCCAACCCUGUUAUCACGAGUCGGAACCAAACUCUCCUCCUGGUUAUCCCAAACUGUAAUUACAGAGGUUCUUGCCACAGCUGUUCCAUCCACUGUUGAAUCAUUACCAGAGUAUGAGAAUGUUCUAGAGGAAACCGUCUCCUUCCACGAGUUUCUUGUUCAAACUGAUUUCAUGCCAAGCUCAGAUCUCUCCCUUAUCAACUAUGCUAAAAAUGUUGAUGCACUUUUUGCAAACAAACUCUGCCAGGAGUUGCUGGUGAAAGCUCGAGAUCUCAUGAAGGAGGAUUUCUUUACUACUGUAGUUAUUUCAACCGGAGACUCAAACCAUGAAGAUCCGCUGAACCUAACAUCUGAAUUAAAAGAUCUCCCAAUCCCUCCCAACUUCUCUAUGCCUGACAGAACCUUCAAGUUCCCUGAGUGUUCAGUAUCCACUUCUACUAUGAAGGUUCUUGAUCUAGCUCUGAAAGGAUUAGAAGAAGCUGUAUUAGCCAAACCAUUCUGCUCCGUUCGAUUGUACAACACGGUGCGUAAUAUAUUUGAACUGUGGUGCGCAGUUGUUCCAACCUUUCAUAAAUCCGACCUGGAUUCCCUACCCCAGCUCUCCGCUAUAGUUCACAACAGUGCCAUGUACCUCGCUCAUAGGUUGAUCACACUUGGAUUCCUGUACAAGGAUAAACUUCCUGCUCUAUCCCAGCAUACUCCAACCUUCAUAGAUAUAGUUCCUAGGAUCAGAACUGUCGGAGCUGAGGUACUCCUGAGAAGUAUGAGGAUACAGCGGGAUACUAUCGUCUCUACCCUGAGUAAUGCUGGAAUGAAUAGUGCUGGUUCGGAGAGAAGAUUAUCCAGUGGAGUUGAUCAAGCUGUCAGACAGUUUAUUCAUCAGCUAUCUCAUCUUCAGAAGGUUUGGCAAAAAGUUCUUCCCGCAGACGUGUAUAACAGAUGUAUUGGAACCCUGGUAAACUCCGGUCUUGAAGAGAUACUACAGAGAAUCCUGAACCUGACAGAUAUAUCAGCCGAGGUUUCAGGACAAUACUGCUCUUUGCUCAACCAGAUUGUUGUUAAAGCUCCGGAUCUAUUCCAAGCUGAGGAACCUGAGAAGUUUGUGAAGAAGUGGGGGAAGUUUCUAGAACUAAUUGUUGUACUCAACUCUAGUUUAAGGGUUAUAGAGGACAGGUGGGGGGAGGGAAAGGGGGUGCUGGCCAAGGAAUUCUCCCCGGAGGAGGUGAAGCAGCUGAUCAGAGCAAUAUUCCAGAAUACCGAGCGACGGGCUGCAGUCCUCUCAAAAAUAAAAUGAUUAUAAAUGUUAAAAUCUAACAAAUAUCGUGGUGAACUAUGUACUACUGUAUAUAUUUAAAGCAAACUGUUGUGCCUUACUGGCCUUCUACUUGCAAACCAUUUAAACAAAUUAGUUUGAAUGCACUCGUGUUAAAAUAUCUUUUGUACUUCACGAAUAAGCAAAUGAUGAUGUAAACAUGUUUAAUUUCUAUAAAUCAUAUUUUAGA